AUGUCUUAUUUCUUAUUUUCUUUAUUUCUCAACCUCUUUGGCUGCUCUUUGAGCUGUCAACCCAUCUUUUCCUUGAAACAUUUUUUGUUUGGUAUCCUAGGUUUCUCCUUACACUGGCCAGGUUUCUCCUUACUUCAGGAGGCCUCCAUGCUUCCCUGGCUUCUUUACCUUGCCUCUGCACCAUCCGUACUGACUCACAGUAACCAUGGACACAAGUCUGUGUGGCAGAUUUUCACUGAAGUCUUGUAUUAUAGUAGAGGGCAAGGGAUGGUCAAUGGGAGGGAUUCAGCAUUGAGUGGUCAAGGAAUAUGA